CCGUGGUUGAAGAUUGCGUGGUCGAAGAUUACUCCUGCUCGCCGUCGUCAUCAUCAACGUCAAGAGAGCACCACCAACACGACAAUAUCAACGUGGAAUGCACUUCGUCGUCAUCCUCGCCGCCAACGAAUCCCCACUGCAGCCAUGAUAGAAGAGAUACUGCGAGUUGUCUCCCAACGAGAGCCCAAUGCCAUACUAAGACAACUGCGAGAAGUCUCCGUGAUGCCAGCCCAGUUCACCUAGAGUUGUACCCUAGUAACAACCCCAGUUCUUCCAGGAUAGUGAACAAGAGUUCAUCCAGUGGGCCAGGACCAUCUACCAAGGAUAUGAUUUAUGGCUUUGGUGUUGGUCGCUGUCAAGGAGCUUGACGAGCACUUCAUCAACACCAAUUAAAAUUAUUUCUCACAAUAAAGGACAAUUCUUCAAGAUGUAUAAGCACAGUUUACUUUUACCUUAUUAGACUUCUUUGCGCGUUCAUCUAAACGAAAAGCUCAGAAUCUUUUUCGACUGAUGUUGCUGCUGGUGAAAAACGAGCCGGCUCACCCUUUGAAGCCACAGCGUCAGGAUCAGGUCUAGAAUGGCACGACUUCCGAUUUCUACUAGACUUCGCCGACGACUUCGACUUACUUAUGAUAAGGAUGCUCAUGCAUCCACAUCCAUGCAUAUUACAUAAGCCUUCUUUAUACUUAACUUUUUUUGCGUACUACUCAGCAGGAAAAGGAAUGCGAGGUUGAUCUAACAGUAAUAAAUCGUGCGGCUUCCCUCGGCUGAUUUUGGAUUUAUGUGAAAGGCGACUUUUUAUUCUUAACCAACGCUCAUUCUAAUUUUUGCUAUGCAGAAGGUAGCUGCAAGACCCUUUGCGUCCGGACAGCUUUUACGCGCUGUGUGCUGGAACCGAGGCGCGCUCUUUUCCUUGCCCCCUCUCCGGUUUGUCAUUUUCCUUCCACGACAUACAGUACGAGUUAUGGCACAUCCUGCUGCUGUAGGCAAUACUUUAUUGUAAAUUUACUAGUUUUUCACAAUCACAACUAGAACCAGCACGAGUUGUGCUUGUCAGUCAAUAGUAAGGGUUUCCAUUUCGUGGCUUCCAUUUGGAAAACUUCAAGUGGUCUUAGGCAACCUGCCGAAUAGAUUCACAUCAUCAGUCUCACUGUGUAUCGCGUUUGUCGCCAAUCUUACCCUAUAAUGAUCAUUCACCUUCCUUCUCUAACAUUCCAGCUCGACUCCAACAUCUUCCAGUUCAACAACGAAACUGACCGUACAACAUGGAGGGAACGAAUCUUGUUUGGUAUGACGGAGGGUUAUCGACAUUUUUCAGGAUUGCCAUCUUGAACAAUUGGUCCAAUGUUGGUUACAAGAUGAAGUUGUCACUCGAAUGGGUUACUGACUUGGGAGGUCUCUUGUUCUCCUGUGUGUGUGUGUGUGUGCGUCAUUCAUUCCGAAUAAGUUCAUUCAUUCAUUCUUCGGUCUUUUUCUCUGCGAGCUUGAGCAGAUAUUCAAGCGAGGUCACCAACGGCAGAGACGCUCAGAAACCGAUCUUCAUCGUGGAACCUGUGAAAAUAUCGCAUGCGCCACAGGAAGUCCCCUUGAUUACACUGACAGCUCAUCUCCGGAACUUCUUUGUUCCGCUACUUCACCGUGUGCUGCUGAACAAGGUAGACGAGACAAAGAAGAAGACCCUGCAUCACACCUCCAGAACAAUAGUUCGUUCCAUUUUGCGUCCUUCAUCCUUGAGGCUCUUGUCUGCGCUUCCACUCAACUGCUGCAAACGCAGUUUUCAGCUCUCGCGACGCAUAUCGAAAGCAGCUUAGCAGACAUAGUUGCUAGCGCCGAUGAGGAGUCUAUAUUGAGACUUUUUCCCUUACGAAGCGCUCUACGGGAAAUCCAAGAUCAGGUUAGCAAAUUGCGCAAUGUUAAGGCUAGUACCGGUGAAGCAUCCUCAGCGCCAUCCUUGGCCUCUUUUUCAACAGGGAAGAGGGCCCAGGGAGAGCUCGGGGAUGCCACGCGGCAGCUCUAACAAUGGUCUUUCCGGAUACCAUGAACGGGAAGAUGAAGAACAACAACUCGGAUCAUUUGCUGGCACGGAAGACGUUUGCCGAUACUGGUUUUUGGAGGUACUGCAAGUAGAAGUAUUUUUCUUUUUGUUUGAUCGUUUCAUCGUGAUAAACUUAAACAUGAACAUCAUGAAAUGAAUCUAUACUAGAAGAGGCCUAGCUGCUGCUGAAACCCUCCACAACCUUCACAAUGUGAGAGUCCCACUUCUAAUCAAACAACAGUCCCGCGAAUUAUCCUCCGAAAUAGGCGAAUUGCUAAAAACCAUCGACGAGACGUCUAAGUUUCUGGAAGCGAGUAUGGACGCUAGGCGCAACCAACUACUACGUAUGGAGGUUACAUUGGACGUGGUAGCUGUAGUCUUCUCUUUCGGUGCGCUGGUCAGUGGGAUCUUCGGCAUGAACUUGAAAUUAUGGCGUUUCGUUAUAUUACAGUAGACAAGACAUUCUUGUUCAUGUCCUUCAGCUAUACCUACAACUCAUCUCGUCUAAUGGCAUCUGGAAUGGAAGAAACGCCUGGCAUGUUUCCAGCUGUCAUUGCUAUGAUAUGCCUCGUAGGUUGUCUGAUGGCCUUGGGGUGUGCGGCUUAUUACGUCCGAAACAAGCGACAUCGCGUAUACCAUCGAAUCUACAAACGGUGUAGCUUGUAUUAUUCGAAGAAACUUUAUUGAUUUGAUGACGGGUUUGAUGGUGCUAGAAGUUUUAUGCUGAAGAUUUUGGUUUUGCGCAGCGAAUUUUUCAAUUCAGUAGUGUUGUCUUCUCUCUUCAACUUCAGGUCCUCAUAAUAUAGAAGAUGAUCAAUAUUUUCCUGAUAUUCGUAUUUAGUGAUGUUAAGUGUUCAACAUAAUUGGUGUCACCUCGCUCGCAUUCCUUCAUUUUGCGCAACAUGCAGUAGUAGGUAGUACUACAUGCUUGAUUUUGAUUCCACAUUACCUCCUCCUCCGACCGUCAUCCUACAGUGGAUCUUCUCGUUGACCCUCGCUCAGGAUGUGUAAACUUCUGUCUGUGUAUUUGGUUCUACUUCUCGACUGCACUUUGACUUCUAGAUAUCUGUGACGUCGAGAGACGAACGCGAGCUGAAGAGUGAAGCAACUCUGUAUGCCAUCCUCCCUUUUGGUGCCUUGAAUAAGGACAAGAUGGCGUGGAGAUCUAGCACACGUUACAGAGUUACUGUUGAUUAUGGCAAUCUAUCAUGUGCAGCUACUAGAAGUACACCAGUUACUUAUAAACUUUCCGUUUACCGAUUACUAUCUCCUGUUCCAGAAGAACGGCUAAGAAUUACCUGUGCUGAAGGAAAGCAGUUUUUCUUUUCAUAGACGUAGAAGUAAAUGAUCAUACAACCUCGUCCACCUUCGCUAUGUAAAUGGUUCAUUGACUUCGAAUUCUCAACGUUGGUUCAUCUCGAAUGUCUCUCGAUAAUGAUGAAAAUUUGGACAAACAUCUCAUCCAAAUCGCAAAAGAGAGUCCCGUCGUUCAAUUACUAGCACUUCAGGAAGCAGAUGGAGGUGGAGGGUGAGAUGCUGAAGAUGGUG